UAAGUAAGCGUCUUUUCUGCAAGAUGACGCCAAACUACGAAGCACACUCUUAAGGCGAUGGGUAACCUCGGAUGAACUAAAGGCCUAAACGGACCGAGACCAUGACAAACCCAUUCAAGGGGCAAGUAAUCCACUUGUACAAAACUUUGCUGCACCUGGGGCGAGAUUACCCUCAAGGCUUUACAUACUUUAGACAACGCCUGAAGGCGUCGUUUAUGAAGAACAAAGAUGUCACAGACCCAGAAAAGAUUCAAAAGCUUCUUGCCCGUGGAGACUUUGUCAUCAAGGAGAUACAGGCCCUGUAUUUUUUGAGGAAGUACAGAGCAAUUAAAAAACGCUACUAUGACGAUGAAAAAUGAACUGUGCUUACAGUAUAAGGCUACAGCCCCAUGGUAUCAAUAUCAGUCAGUAGGCCUGCCAUACAUACAGUUUGAAAGCAAACUGUAUUUCAAUAAGGCCCUUUGCACUUUGUUUCAGAGUUAUGUACCUCAGACAAAAGGUCAACUGUAGUAAAGGGACACCUCCUCUUGACAGAAGAGACUGUAAUCAUGCCAUGUGCCAUGUUGAUGUAAUAAGGAAUAAGUGAAAUAAGGCCUGUCUGAAUUGCACUCUCAGUUUUUGGUGUAUAGAUGUCAGUGUGUUACCUGGAUAUCAAUGGAUGUAACUGAUUGACAAUAAAUGUAUUUUGGUUAAGAA